UACCAAGCAAAAUAACGACACUUGUUUCCCCCUGACAGGUCCAACAAGUUACCCCCAAACACCGGGACACUUGUCCAGCAGCUGACCCAUACCAAGACGGAAGGGGCGGUAUCUGUGAGUGACGCCAACUCGGCAGCGGGAUUUGAUUUGAGAAUUUAGUGUGAAGUACGCGUCACAACCUGAAGUUCCCGGAAGUGUCGUGUGCGAAAGGGACUACUGAGUGAGAGCAGCUCACUGACAGCACUGGCACAGCUAGCCGGGGACAGUUCAUAGUAUUUCCUUAUAUACCUCUGUAUGCAGCAGUGCGGGCACGUACAUAUGUUAUAGCUAGCCAGAGACACCACUUGCUCAUCACAUAACUGUAGAGAGACAUUUAAGUUUACCUAUUGUCACCUGGAUACACAGUUGUAUACUGCAUGAGCUGUUGAUGUACCUAGCGUAUGCUUGCACAACCUUAUCACCUCUUUAUAGUGUAUAUAUUUGCAAUAUUUUAUCUAUAGCAAUAGGUACAUAGCUAAAAUUUAUUUUGAUUCCUUCUUGUUACAAUCCCCAAGGGCUUUUUUUUUAUCACUACGUACAUAAAGGUGUGUUAGUGUGUAUACGUGUAUACUUUCCAGUAGUCAUCAUGACAACACGAUCUGAAAGGGAAAAGGCCCAGAAGUUAAAUGAGCAGCACCAGGCUAUCCUGUCCCGAAUGCUACGGGAAGAGGACAACAAGUACUGCGCUGACUGUGAGGCAAAGGGUCCAAGAUGGGCUUCCUGGAAUCUAGGAGUUUUUAUUUGCAUCCGAUGUGCUGGAAUUCAUCGGAAUCUUGGUGUACACAUAUCAAGAGUCAAAUCGGUAAACCUGGACCAAUGGACUCCAGAACAGAUUCAGUGUAUGCAGGACAUGGGAAAUACAAAGGCAAGAAUGCUGUAUGAAGCUAACCUCCCAGAGAACUUUAGAAGACCACAAACUGACCAAUCUGUGGAGUUCUUCAUCAGAGAUAAAUAUGAAAGGAAGAAAUACUAUGACAAAAAUGCAGCCUCUGCCAUAAGUACGUCGUCCUCUGAUGCUGUGCAGCCCUCGGCAUCCUCUCCUUCUCUGCAAGCUGCUGCUGAGAAAAGCAAAUUGGAGAAAGAAAAGGAGAAAAAGAAAGAAGAAAAGAAGAAAGAACGAGAUGCUGAAAAAACAGUGAAGGCUGCAGUGGUUGAUAAGGUGCUUAAUAAAAAGGAGCCACAGUUAGAUGUUAAAGCCAGCCCAAAGAAAGCUCCAGAGCUGACCGUUGAUCUUUUAGGACUUGAUUCUCCUGCUGAAGUAACUGUUGCAAAUGGAAGUACCACUAAUACAACGUCAUUAAAUGAUGACUUAGAUAUAUUUGGCCCAAUGAUCUCCAAUCCUCUUCCUUCUUCUACUGCACCUCCACCACAGGCCACAUCGAACAACCCUGUAGUUAAUACCACUGUAUCUUCAACAACUGGAGACCUUGAUUUAUUUACUGACCAAAAUUCAAAAUCUGAAGAUACCACAAAAAAGCCAUUGUCUAAAGACUCUAUCUUAUCUCUUUAUGGCACAGCAGGUCUGCAGCAACAAAGUACUUCAGCCAUGUUCAUGGGAUCCUCUCCAAUGCCUUAUUCAGCACAGCAUGCCACUAAUUUCCAGGCAUUUCCUCCUAUGGGCAUGGCUGGCUCUGCCACUGGAGGGAUGAUGGGAAACAUGAUGGUGCAAUCAAUGCAGGGCAUGGGACAAAACACUGGGAUGAUGCUGGGUAUGGGAAUGCCUAAUGGUUUUGUUGGGAAUGCUCCAACUGGAAUAAUGGGACUUCCUCCUAACAUGAUGGGACCCCAGGCAGGAAUGGUGGGAAGCAUGGGAACACCUCCAAAUAAGUUUGGCAUGCAACAAAGCCAACAGUCUGCUUGGAACAUGUCACAGAUGAAUCAGCAAAUGAGUGGCAUGAAUCUGAAUGGAGCAGGCAACAUGAUGGCUUAUGGGCAGCCUGCUAACUCUGUAGGAGGAGGAUGGACCGGAAAUGCCACUGGUCAGACUCUAAGCACACAGCUGUGGAAAUGAAAACUGCUACCGAGAUGUCAUCAAGAAAAUUCACUUGUCAUUCCUUGCUUUGAUGUCUCUCUUUUCUUCGUGUACAUAUUAUUAUUAAACGCUCUCCCUUUCAGGUGUUAAUAAAAGCCUGUCAGCUGACCUUUUCACACUCUAUUGGUUGGAUCUGAUGGUGGUGAAAAGCAGUGUUAGGAUAUAUUUACAUAUCAUUUGUAAAUUUCCCAUUAUAUCUAUGGUUUUAUUAUCUAUGUCUAAGAAAGCUGCUUGGCCACCAUCAAUCAGUAACUUUGGAGUUAAACCAAAUUAGAUUUAAUGGUUGCAUUUAAGGGAUUUCUGUAUCAUGUUCUUUAUAUCUUGUAUAAAAUAGACCGUCAUCCUUCACCUUUCCCUUCCUAAGUAUUCUGUGAUCCUAGCGGAGCUCAAGUAGUAAUAUAAAUACAGACAGAUUGUAAAUGUAUCACUGAACACCAUUUUAUAAUGUAUAUCUUUUGGUUGCUUGCUUAUAAUACUUGUGAUGUGAUCUUGGUGUGCUGAUCUUUAAGCACCAAUACUGAAAGAAAUAUAAACCUGGAUGGCACUGCAUUGUGUAUCUUAAAGAGGAUGUAAUAAUACACACAGUGAACGAGCUGUGCAGUUGGCAGCAUACGAGUGCGCCUCCUGCACUCUGCCUGUUAAUUAAAAUAUUACACUCAAUAAUUGUUAUUCUUCCCAGCAAGUACAUCCAUGUUUAUGACAGUGAUUGUGUUUACAUUUUAAGGUGCCUAGUAUUAAUGAGAUGUUUGCCCAUAGGUUAUUAUUUGUAUUUAAUCUAGCCUCCGUGGCUGCGGUUUAUUUCAUACUAGUAAAUCAGAACCUUUAAUCUUUAUGCUGUACUUCUGUGAUGUUUAUGGAACCUGUACUCUUGUUAGAUAUAACCCAGAUUUAAAUGUGGAGAUAAAUUACAAAUCUAUGUCAUUCUCUUGAUGGAUGGUUCUUGUGAAAUUAAAAAAAAAAAACAGUAAGGGAAACAAAUAAUUUAGAAGAGUGGUGUGACAUAUGCAGACCAUAUUGAAAGAAAAUGUAUUUAAAAAGUAAUCCAUGAAGACUCUUGUUCUGAUGACUUGAUGCCUAGACGAUGUCAACCACAGCUUAUCCUACACAUCUUGAAAUGUCCAAUAAUAAGGAUCCGUGGGUCAUCCAUUCUAUGGAAAAUGGCAUUUGAUGAUCAAACCUCAAUUUUAAUUGUAUCCUGAGGAUGUUUGGGCUCGUUAGCCAAAUUUACUUUCUCAGUCCGAGUGUGCCACACAAGAACCUGGGGGUGGGGGGAGAACACAUCUGUUAAACCUUUGUAACGUACAUUUUGGAGGGAAAAAAAAUAGGAUUAUCACCAGAUGUUCUAGAUAAUAUGCGAUACUGUUUGUUACCCUAGCAAUUGGUACUGUAGAUCAGUUAAAAUACAAAAAUCAUAUAGCAUAGUUGGAUGUUUAAUAAGCUGUUCUUUACAGAUUGGCAUCUUCUCUCAUGCCACUCUCUAUUAAAGUUAUAUUUAAAUCAGCUUAUUUUGAAGGGUGGUAAAAUGUAUACAAAUUAAAUUUUACUCAAGGGAAGAAAACAACUACAUGUACAAAACAAUUCUGUUUGGCUUUUAGUGGUCAUAAAAUACUGUUUUAUCAAAUAUUACAGGAUUUCCCCCCUUUAAGCUGAUCUGAGCUAUUCAUACUCUCUCAUGUCUACUGAAUUGCAAACAUUUUAAAGUUUCAUAGUCACGUUCUUUCUUUUAUUAUUUAUUUUUACAUUGCAGGGACUUGAUGAAAUUUUGAUAUCUUUGGUUUUAUUUUUUCUUUCCUUGUGAAUCACUUGAACUACCACAAUAAAAAAACAAUUGCUUCAUUUGAAGCUAGUGAAUGUGUCAAGUGAAUAAAUGUAAAGCAUUCUAGCACAUGCAGUUAUAUAACAUGAUGAUAUUCUGAAACGUCUUGUAUCUUCCCACUGUCCGUUUUUGAGAUAAGAAUUGAAUGUAGUAUUUAGCUAAGAUGAACAAGGUGUCUAUAUUAAAAUAAACAUUCUAAAGUUA